CUGAGUGCUGCCCUUGCCCCCAGGGGGACCAGGCUGAGGAGUCCUGGUUCUGGAGCUGGGGGUGCUCAUCCCUACAGCCUCUGGGAGGGGAGCCAAGCGCUGUCCCAGGUAGGGGGCAGCCUGAUUGUUGGGGAGGAGAAGGGGCCACAGAGGCUGAUGACGAGGUCUGCUCCCCACCCCCGGUGCCGAAGGAACGGUGUGGGUGUGAAUGGGGUCGUGGGCCCCCCACCCCUCAGCCUGGCCUCCGUCUCUUGCCUGCAGGCCGGGCGCGCCAGCUCGGGGCAGCCCCAGGACGCCCUCCUGCAGAGGCAGGUCAUCGCGCUCCGGGGACACCUGGCUGAGCUGCGUGCAGCCACUGAGAAGGGCCUCGCUGACCUGCGGGCGGAUGUGGCCAGGAUGGCCCGGCGCCUGCACACGGCCUGCCUGAACCUCGGCUCCAACCUGCGGCUGACGGCCGGCAGUGCGGCAGCUGCCCUGGAGCAGCAGCUGCGGGACAAGGUGCGGGAGAUGCUGCAGCUGCAGGGCCGCUGGGCUGCGGAGAAGGCGGCGCUCCAGGCCAGACUCGCAGAGCAGACGCUGCUGGUGGAGAAGCUCACCGAGCAAAACGCGAGCAAGGAGAGAGCCAUCUCUUCCCUGAGAAUGGACGUGCAGAGACUGGUGCGCGGCUGGGAGAGGGCGGCUGGUGGGGGCUGCUCCCUGAAGGUGGCCCAGGCAGACGCGGGGAGCGAGGAGCUGGCAAGGAGCAGUGGUGCUGAAGGCGAGGGGGUGCAAGGCCAACGGAGGAGCCCCCUGCACACUGGGUCCCUCCUGAGGGCUGAGUCCCCGGCCACCCUGGACUCAGCACUCUGGGCUGUGCGGGCGGCCAUUCAGAAGUGGCGGCAGCGGGAGCAGGCGUCUGGCCCUGCAGUGGGGCUCUGGUCGGAACUACGUCCUUUCUCUGGGAGUAGGGGCCCCGGCUGGCUUCUGUGUUCAGAGGCCUGGCUAGGACGCAGGGGUCACUGCACCCCCACUCCCGGGCAGGAGCUGCGCCAGCAGCUGGAGUCAUCCGAGGCGAGGGCCACAGGGCUCCAGGAGCAGCUGUCUGAGAGCCAGCGGGAGCUGCAGGCUUCGAGAAGCCUCCUGCAGGAGGAGCGCCAGGACCUCCUGGGCAAGCUGGAGGCACAGAGCCGGGAGGCGCAGUGGAGCCGCGUGACCAGCGAGCUCCUGGGGAGAGAGAAGGCAGCUCUCGAGGAGGUGGUUGAGGAGCUAAGGGGGCAGGCAACCAUGUCCCACGCCGAGAAGCGGAGCGUGGAGGCCAGGAACGCAGAGCUGCAGAGGAGCCUCCAGCAGUGCGCGGAGCAGAAGGAGGCGCUGGAGCGGCAGCGCGAGCGCGGCCGGAGGGCGCUGGAGAGCAGUCAAGGGCGCCUGGAGCAGCUGGAGGGCACGGUCUCGGGGCUCAAGACAGAGCUGGUGUCAGCCCAGGAGGCGCUGGACUCAGCGCGGCUGCAGAGGGACAUCCUGGAGAGCGAGAGGGAGGGUCUGCAUGGUGCCCUGGCCCGGGCUGAGUCCAGCAAAGCUGACCUGGAACUGCUCGUGAGCCGGCUCAAGGCAGAGGGGGUGGAGCAGAGGGACUCCCUGGCCAAGAUGGCUGCUGUGACGGAGGCACUGGCUCAGGACAAAUGCUCCCUGAACCACCUGGUCCUGCAGCUGGAGCAGGAGCGGGACGAGCUGCAGGCGCAGCAGCAGACGCUGGUGCAGGGGCAGGCGGGCACCCGGGAGCAGCUGGCGCAGGCAGAGCGGCAGGUGGAGCUCCUGCGGGCCGAGAGGAGGGGCCUGCAGCGGGCCUGCGGGCGGCUGGAGGAGCGGCUGGAGCGGCUGGAGGGUCAGGCAGCCCGACUCCGGCGAGAACGGACCCAGCUGCAGGAGCAGGUGGGCCACGUCACAUGCAAGAAACAGGCCCUGGAGAAGCAGCUGGCCCAAAGCCUGCAGGACCAGGAGGCCCAGAUGGCCGCUCUCCAGAGGGCCCUGCAGGAGAAGGAGGCUUUGUCUGAAGAGCGAGUCCAGCUGCUGGCCAAGCAGGAGGCCCUGGAGAAGCAAGGUCAGCUCAUGGCCGAGGAGGCAGCCGAUCUCAGGGCCGAGAGGGACACCCUGGAGAGCAGCCUCUUUGAGGCCCGACAGAUGGCGUCGCAGCUGCAGGCACAGCAGGAGCAGCUGGAGGGAGAGGCCCGGAGCGCACGGCUGGCCCAGCAGGCCCUGCAAGUGGAGCUGGAGCAGCUGCAGAGCGUCCGGGAGGCCCAGGAGACAAGGCUCCGGCGGCAGGCGGCUCAGCAGGAGCGGGACGUGCAGCUGGCCCUGGAGAGCCAAGCACUGGCCCACCGCGAGGACCUCGCCCGGCUCCAGAGGGAGAAGGAGACCCUGAGUCUGUCUCUGAUGGAGGAAAAGGAAGCGGCAGCUCGCCGGCUGAAGCAGGAGAAGGAGCUGGUGGCAAAGAACGCAAGCAGGAGGGAGGCGCUGAAGGAGCAAGUGCAGAGCCUGAGGCGCGAGCGAGACGAGGGUCGCCUGCAGCUGCAGCUCGAGAAGCAGCAGGCCCUGCUUCUACGAGACGCGGAGCUGAGCCGGCUGCGGGGGGAGCUGCAGCUGGUACGGCGGGAGGCCCAGGGCCAGCAGGAGCAAGCUGAGGCCACCGUCAGUGCCGUGGCCGCAGAGCUGAAGGCCCUGCAGGCCCAGUUUGAGGACGCCAUCUCUGCCCACCAGACGGAGGCCAGGGCCCUGCGCGAGACGCUCCAGGAGCUGGCAGCCCAGCGGAGCAGCGCAGGGAGAGAGGCCGAGACGCUGCGGGCACAGCUGGACGAGGCCCGCGAGGCGCUGGCCGCGCUGCGCCGGGAGCUGCAAGGCAGCGAGGAGACCCAGGAGGGCCUGCAAGGGGAGGCUCGGGACGCUCGCAGGGCGCUGGCCGACGCAGCCCGCGAGAAGGACGCGCUGCGGGAUUCCAACACUGAGCUGCGGGCCGCCCUCCGCCGGGCUGAGCAGGAGAAGGCCAGCUUCAAGCGCUCCACGGAGGAGAGGGAGCAGAAGGUCCUGGUCCUGGAGGAGGCCUGGGCAGCGGCCCAGAAGCAGGCCAGCGAGCUGCGGGCAGGCCUGCGGGAGGCGGAGCGGGCGGCCGUGGACACCCAGCGGCAGCUCCAGGAGCUACGCAGACAGGUGACGACGCUGGAGGUAGAGAACCAGAGAAAGAGCCAGGAGCUGGUGCGGCUGCAGACCCGGGGCGCCCAGGAGCCGAGCCGGCAGGAGGCCCUGGCGCUGCAGACGCUGGUGGCUGAGGCGGAGGCCGCCCGCGAGGACGCGCAGAGGGAGGUCCGGAGGCUGCGGCGGAUGCUGGCAGAGGUGGAGGCCCGGGCCGAGACCCGGGAGAAGGACCUGGAGCGGCAGCUCUGCGAGAGCCGGGGGUCUGAGCGGGCCCUCUGGGCCGAGCUGCGUGGCGUCGCCCAGAAGCUGCAGCAGGCCAACGGCACGGCCGACAGCCUCCAGGUUCGCCUGGACGGGGCCUGCCACUGGGCCCGUGGCCUCGAACAGGAGCUGGCCCGGGCCAAGGGCGCCUGGCGGGAGGCAGAGGGCCAGCGGGGCCAGCUGUGGCCCACGCUCCACCCUGGCGUGGGGUUCCACGGACGGAGCCCCGCGGCCUCUCCUGAGCCGGCCGGCCCCCCCACCAGAGGUCAGUGCCCUCCGCGCCCACCCCGUCACCCGCCCGGGGCGCCCCAGCCCCCUCGCGGCUCUCCCCCAAUCCCUCGCUCCCCGAGAGUGGGGCCAGCAGUGUGAGGGGGCGGGGCACUUGUGCGUCUGUGUCCGCCCCCCCACCACGCCCCCAGCACACCCCAGCGCGCCCCCACAGCCCCCUGACUGCGCCCCACCGCGCCCCCACCAGGGCCCAGUGGUCCCCUCUGUCCUCAGGCUCAGAGGGCCGGUCCCGCUCGCCGCUCCGGUGGCCCUCGCCCGGCCCUGGAGACCACAGGGCAGAGGGGCCCGGGCCUCCAUGAGGGGCGCCCGGAGGGACCUGACCCAGAAGCUGAGGGAUGCCCAGCGGGAGGGGUAAGGGGAGUGGCUAGGACACGCCGGCGAGCCGAGGGGGGGACGGGGAGGAGCCUCUCACUCUGGCUUCGGGCCUUCUGUCUGUCCCCCCCUGGCUCUGCUGAGACCCUGGCGGGACCCGGUGGGAGAAAUAUCACUAAACACUCAAGCCACUGGAAGCCCAGCUUCCCCCUUGUCCGGCUGCCUCUGUGCUCGGCCAGCAGCAGGGUCCAUCCUCCGAGGACCCAUCCCAGGGGCUGGCCAGGUCACCCCAGAGUGCUCCGGUGACCUGCCCUCUGGGGACUAAACCCCCACCCUGCUGCCCUGAGGACCCCCGUGAGCCCUGCCCCUAGCAGCCCUGAGCUGCCCACCGCCAGCCACCAGCGGGGCACAUGGACUGUCCGCCCACCCACGGGCUGCCCCCAACCUCGGUCCCCCCCCAGGACGUCUGGCACUCCCAGACGGGGUUCCUGAGCGCCUGGAGGGGCGAGGCCAAGAGCGAGCCCACCUGGGCCCUCAGCCGCAUGGAGCAGCUGCAGAGGGCGCUGGCCGUGGCGGAGAAGGGGAGCUCCAGCCCCCGCCCUGCCCCGGGCACCAUGGCGCGGGUCGUCCUGGGAAAUGCCAGGCUUGGGCCCCGGGGCCAGCCCUCAGCGCACACACCCACCGAGGGCAUUCUGCACUUGGCAGCCGGUGGUCUUUCUCAGGUGUGCUUCCGCAUCCCAAGAGAGUCUAGUCCAGAGACCUCCAGGGCCUCCCCGCCACAGUGCCCAGCCCGUCUGCGGUCACGUGGCCCUUCCCCCGCUAGGUCCCUGCCCUGCGUCACCCCCUCAGAGAGAGGGCCGCUGCCCUGCUGGUCACCCCACCUCAUUUCUGUACCCCCUCCACACUGGGUCUGCUCAGGAGGCAGACCAGGGCCUGGCACCGCGUCCGAGGGAGAGGCUUCCAGGGGCAAAGCCAGAAGUAGAGAAGGCUGGGUGGGAAAGGGUCACCUCCUCUAGAGACCUUGAGCUUCCAGGCAGGACAAGUAGAGCAGGGGACGAUCAGACGGAGGCCUCUCCACCAGCUGGGUGUCGGCCACCUAGACCCACGGGGCCUCAGUCUCCCGGGCCGUGCAGGUGCCCCCCGAACCUGGGAGCCAGGUGAGUGGUCCCGCUUGCCCCCGAGGCUGGCACCAGGUGGAGGACAAGCUGAGCAGUGCACAGGCCCUGCGGGCUCUGCAGGAGGAGGCGCUCCCGAGGCUGCAGGCAGGGCGCCCAGCACAUGCGGCGGGCCACGAGAGGUGGAGGCUGCCGGUGGGGAACACCCACACCCCAGGGCAGUGGGGGGACGGGGAGGCCGAGGGGGCUGCUGAGGAAGGAGAGGUUUCAGCUGCCCGUGGUCAGAGGCCGCUGAGCUGGCUGAAGCAGAUGGCUCCCAGGCACACUGGGCCCCGAGGAGCUGACUCCUCAGGGCUGACCCGGGCAGAGCAUCUUUGAGGUAGUCCAGCCCUUACUUUACAGACUGGGGAACCUGAGUCCUGAGCAGGGAGCAGCUUGGCCCCCACGGCACAGCGAGCAAGGGGCAGGGGCAGGACAGACCGCACCCGCCCAGAUCUGUGCUUUCAGGGCAGGGAGGGGUGACACCGGGCCAGCCUAGGCGCUCUCCAAGUGUGCGGGGUCAGGGGCCAGGUUUACCCGCCGUGGGACCAGGUCCUGGCUGGGAGCUCGUGAGGUGCCCAGGCACUGGGGGAGGGGCUGAGAGAGCAGGGGAGGGGCCCAGGCUGUGUUCCGUCUCACAUACAUGUUCACGUGUGUCUGCUCCAUGCACAUUUAGAAGCAAUUUCCUGUUUGCAGGUUACAGUUUUCGAAAUGUCUCUAUUAAAUUAACCUCACAAAUGCACCUUUCACGUACUGCAUCGCCAUUCUGUCUCCUGAGUUUAUCAGAGCUAAGAAUCACGUGUCGGCUUUUCCCACUACAGUUACUGGGAGGCGGUGUCUCCUCUUAUUUCUCACAGUCUUUAAUUUCUGGUUUCUGUGACGCCCUCUGUCUAACGUGACCUGCAAGCUCCUGUGCCCUGCCCCGCGCUACUUGCCUUGAAUCUACCCUGCUCAGUGCUGGCAGUGCCGCCCCACCCCACCACCCCGACCUUGGACUCUGCACUUGACUCUGUGUGUAUUUGGCCAUCACUUCGUCAGCCUCCCUUCAGUUCCCCUCAGUCGCUCAGUCGUGUCUGACUCUUUGCCACCCUGUGGACUGCAGCACGCCAGGCCUCCCUGUCCAUCACCAACUCCCGGAGUU